CAGAUCUCAAAGAAUAGGUAAGGCAGAGAAAAUGCCUGAGAAAAAGGCCGGACUGGGGAGGGCCGAGAGCAGCGUACAUUGAUUGGUUAUUUUAAGCAGGGAACUUUGCCGGCGUGGUAAGCGAGCUCCCUCACAUCGGCGUUCUUGUAUCGCUCAACACCAGCUUUGGCCUUCCCGCUUGUGCGCAGCCCGACCCGGCCAAAGCCACCCGGCCUGCCCCCCCCUUGCGUCCUUUCUCUUCCUUGUGAUCACCAUGUCUGAAUUCGGCUCCUUGCCGACUAACGGCGUCGGCGCCGCAACGAAGAAAGAUACUUUUGCGGACGCCAUGGAAAGAGCCAGACAGAUCGCAGCUAAAAUCAGUGGUGAGACCGGUCACAUGGCGAGCAACAAUGGAGGAGCUGAGAGUUAUCCAUUCACUGCACAGAAACGAUCCCUCGAAGAACCAGAUGAACCAGAUGCCAAGAAGGUAGCAUCACAGAAUGAAAGAGAUUCUUCGUUGUCCAUUGGAGCUCAACUGGCUGCCCUGGCUCAACAGAGUGUCAGACCCUCUACAAUGACAAUAACAGAGGAGUGUAAAGUGCCUGAUAGCAUGGUUGGUCUUAUCAUCGGCAGAGGAGGUGAACACAUAAACAAAAUACAACGGGACUCUGGCUGCAAGGUCCAGAUUGCACACGACAGUGCUGGUCUUUCGGAAAGAAGUGUUUCUUUGACAGGUCCACCAGAGGCCAUACAGAAAGCGAAGAUGCUCAUAGAUGAAAUCCUAUCAAGGGGACACGAUUCCCCCAAUGGACAAACGGGUUCCAUGCAGGAGAUGGUCAUCCCUGCGGGCAAGGCUGGCCUUAUUAUAGGCAAAGGAGGAGAGACCAUUAAGCAGCUACAGGAACGAGCUGGAGUUAAAAUGAUCCUUAUUCAAGAUGCAUCACAGCCGCCAAAUGUAGAUAAACCACUACGCAUCAUUGGAGACCCAUUCAAAGUGCAGCAAGCCAAGGAGAUGGUCAAUGAGAUUCUACGAGAUCGUGAUCACACUGGUUUUGGUGACCGGAAUGAAUAUGGCUCAAGAAUGGGAGGUGGUGGUGGUGGUGGUGGUGGUGGCGGCGGCGGCGGCGGCGGCGGCGGCAUUGAUAUUGCUGUUCCUCGCCAUGCAGUGGGGGUCAUAAUUGGACGAAGUGGGGAGAUGAUUAAGAAGAUCCAGAGUGAUGCUGGAGUGAAGAUACAGUUUAAACCAGAUGAUGGCACUGGUCCUGAAAAAAUAGCUCACAUUACGGGUCCUCCUGACCAGUGUCAACAUGCUGCCUCCAUCAUCACAGACUUGCUCCAGAGUAUCCGUACCAGAGAUGAUGGUGGUCAGGGGGGCCCCCCUGGUGCAGGGAUGCCACCUGGAGGACGGGGACGGGGUAGAGGCCAGGGGAACUGGGGUCCUCCGGGAGGAGAGAUGACCUUCUCUGUUCCUGCUCACAAAUGUGGACUUGUGAUUGGCAGAGGAGGGGAAAAUGUCAAAGCCAUUAACCAACAGACUGGUGCAUUUGUGGAGAUGUCACGUCAGCCGCUACCAGACGGGGACCCAAAUUUCAAAAUGUUCAUAAUCAGAGGUUCCCCGCAACAGAUAGACUAUGCAAAGCAGCUUAUAGAAGAAAAGAUUGAGGCCCCAUUAUGUCCCGUGGGUGGUGGUCCAGGUCCAGGAGGCCCUGGUGGUUCCCUGAACCCCUAUAACCCCAACCCUUAUAAUGCUGGACCUCCUGGUGGUGCACCCCAUGGUGGUACACCAGGUGGUCCCCAGUACUGUGCUCAGAGUUGGGGGAACAACUACCAGCAAUGGCAGACCCCAGGGCAACAUGACCCCAAUAAGGCAGCAGCAGACCCUAAUGCAGCAUGGGCAGCCUACUAUGCACAGUACUACGGUCAGCAGCCAGGGGGCUCUAUGCCAGCACAGACUCCAGCAGAUCCUGGAGCAGCGGGUGAUCAGAACCAAGCAGCACAUACCGCUGGCGGUCAGCCAGACUAUACUAAGGCUUGGGAGGAGUACUACAAGAAGAUGGGCAUGGUCCAGCCUGCAGGAGGGCCAGUGGCUGCUCCGGGAACUGCGUCAGCACCAGCUGGAGGAGCAGCACCUGGAGGCCAGCCAGAUUACAGUGCAGCCUGGGCAGAGUAUUAUAGACAGCAAGCCGCCUACUAUGGGCAGGGAGGGCAGGCCCCUGGACAAGCAGCUCCGCCACAGCAGGGACAGCAGGCGCAGUAAUGAAGUUUUGUGCCGGUGGAUGGUUUUGUUGGCUCUUGGGACUUCUGCUGAUAGAGAUUUCCAUUUUUGGCUUCAACAAUUCAAGACCAUGACCGCACCAUCUCCUCCUAUUUUAAAAUCACAAUUGCUAGU